CCUUCCAUAGAAAAAUGCGUAUCUUUAAUUAACAAUUACAUCGUGUAUAUGUAACAGAAAAUACUAUUAUUGCAAUUAAAAAGAAAAAAAAAAACAUUUCAAUUUAUUAUUAUGUAUAUAUUCUAUGCAUAUUAAAUCGUUAUGACAUCUUUAGAUCGCGAGGAAAAUCAAUUGUGUGAUUCACACUUAACAGAGUAUGUUAGUAAAAAUAUGGAAUUAAAAGUAAUUAAAUGUAUUUUGAGUGCAACUUACGAUAUACUUCAACGCAAAAAGACGGUAUUAAAAGAUGAAUACAAGAAGUUGGGUGAUAUAAAUUAUAGCGUUUUGGAUAUAGAAGAUCAAUUUUGUAGUAAAAUAUGGAAUUUUUCUUUGGCACACAAUUUUAAUAAUAUCUUCAUUCAUUAUCCAAAUGUUACAAUGACACUUCAUCCCUAUAAUAGUAAAAAUAAAGUACUUGCAGAAUUAGAAAAUGAAAUUAAUAUUGUUAGAAAUGAGAUAACACAUAUUUGUAAGAAAGAUUCUGAACAAGAUAUAAAAAAUGCUGCACUCGUUUUAAAAGAUUUAAAAUCAUUUUCGGAAGAAAUAUUAGAUCUCAUAAGAUUAAUAAAUACUCCUAAAAAUUCCAAAAAUAUUUGUAAUAUACCUACAUGUUAUCAGCCAUGUAUAAAUGAAGGUUUUAUGAAUGCAAGAAAAAUGAUUAAAAAAACCAAUGUUUGUUCUGAUGUGUUGAUUGAAAGAAAAGUCACAAAUAAAGUAUCUAAAAAAUGUUGCAAUACAAACAACAACAUAAAGCUUGGAAAAUUUGUCAUGAAAAAACGAAGUCUCAUUUCCCUUAAAUUUGAACAAGAUUCAAGGAAUUAAAUAGAAAACUCAAAAGAUACUUGUGAGAGUAAUUAGUUCCUU